GAGGCUAUAACUAAGGAUAAUCCACAUACUGUAGCUGGGACCACAUCCGGAUCUCCAGACUCUGGCAAUAACAAUAGUUCCAAUUCAGACCUCACAUUUCAUGAAGAUCAGAAUGACGGAAAUGAUAGGAUUGAUGAUUGUGAUGAUGUGUCAAACUAUGAUGAUGAUGAUGACUAUAUGUUUUACGAAAAUGAUGAUGAUGAUGAAUGUGAUUACUUGAGUAUGCAGGCACAAUUUGAUAAUGCUGAUUUGCCUGCUGGUGUUGAGGCAACGGUUUCUUGGUUAAAUGAACCUGCUUCCAGUUCAAAAGUGUCUUCCCAAGUUAGCUCUUCAAGUCAUCUUGCAGGUGCUCAGAGAUCGACUCCCACAAAUCCUGAUCAUGCAAGUAGUGGCUUUCCGCAGGUCCCUGCUUCAAGCAGUACUCUGGUGUCUGGAGGGUCAAAUUCUCGGGGAAAGGAAGAGGCGACUGAAGAUGAACUCAUGAAAAAGUAUCAAAGUUUUAAGCAUUUUGAUGUGGUAGAGGACUUCUCAGAUCAUCAUUACACUAACUUGGGCUUCCAGGGACAACAGCCACCUAAGGCCUGGAGUAAGAAAGUUCAGGAUGAGUGGAAAAUAUUGGAAAAUGAUUUACCUGAUACAAUAUAUGUAAGGGUCUGCGAAGCAAGGAUGGAUCUCCUCAGGGCUGUCAUCAUUGGACCACAAGGCACUCCAUACCAUGAUGGUCUCUUUGUCUUUGAUGUCCUGUUCCCUCAAAAUUAUCCUGAUGUGCCACCAAUGGUUUACUACUAUUCUGGCGGUUUGAGACUAAAUCCCAACUUGUACGAUUGUGGUAAAGUUUGUCUCAGUCUUCUUAACACUUGGACUGGUAAAGGUAAUGAGAAGUGGUUGCCCAAGACAUCCACCAUGCUGCAAGUCUUGGUUUCGAUACAAGCUCUAAUUUUGAAUGCAAACCCUUUCUUUAAUGAGCCUGGAUAUGAAACUUCAUAUGCUGGACGCGAGGGAGAGAAGAGAUCUUACGCUUACAAUGAAGAUGUUUUUGUUCUAUCUUUGAAAACAAUGACUUAUACAUUGAGGAGGCCACCAAAGCAUUUUGAAGACCUUGUCACAGGUCAUUUCCGUUGCCAUGCUGCAGACAUUCUCUCUGCGUGCAAGGCAUACAUAGGAGGAGCUCGAGUUGGUUCUGUGGUCAAGGGAGUAGUCCAACGUGCUAGUGCAACUGAAAACAAGAACUCACCAACUUUCAAAGAUUCAGUAUCCAGAAUGAUGAAUGGUCUUAUAUCCCUUUUCACUAAGAAUGGUGCGAAGGAUUUAGACCCGUUUCGUGCCUAACUGCCUACAUGAUUGAUUAGCCAUCAAAUCUUUCAACAUGAUAAUCACAAGUUUACCCUGGUUUUGGUGCCACACUCAAUUUCGUGUACAUAGAAACUCUCAACUUUUGAAUGUAGGUAGUUGGCUUAUUGUGAAGCCAUUCUAGGUGGAAGUAAAUUGCAACAUUGAUCUACAGCUUAUGACACUUUUUUUUAAGACAAAACUGAUCACCAGAUAGUAUCAUAAUCCAUUCUUAUCGAAUGACAUUUCUUUUGCACAA